AUGUCUCUGGAGAGCAGUUCUGUCACGACGUUCGUUCGUCUUUGGUGUAACCUGGUCCGUCUUUCAUCUGCCUGCCAUUUCCUCCUGUACGGGUUCAUCAACAGCUGCCUCCAGUCUCUGGUGAUGGACAGGUUUGGCCGGGAGACCUGGGACAAACUCAGCUCUCUACCAGGGGUCCAGGAUUCCUUCAUGACCUACAUGGUUUACGACGACAUGGUAACUCUAAGCCUGGUGCAGGAGGCCUGUUCACUGCUGGAUGUCUCUGCCGAGGUUUUUCUGAAGCUUUUUGGAGAGCAUUUCUUUCUUUUCUGUAAGCAAGCGGGCUAUGACACCAUGCUGAGGACACUGGGAGGAAGUCUCAUUGAAUUCAUUGGAAAUCUGGACGCUCUCCACAGUUACCUGGCUCUGUCCUAUCAGGAAAUGAAUGCACCGUCUUUCCGAGUGGAGAUGACUGACGAUGGGAAGAUGCUGCUUCACUACUACUCUGACAGGAAGGGCCUGCACCACAUAGUACCUGGUAUCAUGGAGGCGGUUGCAGAGUUUUUUGAUAGCAAAGUGACCAUGAUGGUUCUGAAUCAAUCGGAGGAAGACGAGCGCACAGGGAAGAAGGAGCAUGUCGUGUUUCUGGUCAAACAGACCAAGCAAGCUAGCAAGACUAGAGACCAGGACCUUUCCAGUCAUAGAGGGGAGGGAUUAUUCACAACAUUGAGGGACCGGUGUGAGUCACUGGCUGGGACAAAGAGCGGCUGGGACCUGAUCAGAGCUGUGGUUCUCUCAGAAAAAGGCAGUCUCCAUUGCACCUUCAGUCCAUGUUACCCGGACAAGCUGUGGGUGGAGGAGAAGGCUUUCUGCGAUGCGUUUCCCUUCCAUAUAGUCUUUGAUGAGGAUCUGAAGGUGAGACAGAUGGGGGUGAACAUACAAAAGAUUCUUUCAGGUCUCCAGGCCAGAGAUGCUACGUUGGACCAAAACUUCACCAUUAUACACCCACAGGUGACUUUUACCAUUGAGAGCAUCAGGAAAUUCAUCAACAGUCAAUUUGUCUUGAAGAGCUGCAAAGACAAACACACCAAGCUCAAACUAAGAGGUCAGAUGUUGUGGAUGGAGUCUCUUGGCUGUAUGUUGUACCUGUGUUCUCCAAAGAUACGAAGCCUUCAGGAACUUCAAGAUGUUGGCCUCCACCUGGCUGACCUGGCCCAGCAUGAUGUCACCAGAGACCUGGUUCUCCUCAACCAUCAACGUCUUGCUGAGCUGGAGCUCACCAACCAGCUGGAGAGGAAAAAGGAGGAACUGAGAAUCCUGUCACAGCACCUAGAGGCUGAAAAAGAGAAGACGGAGACUCUGCUGUAUGCCAUGCUGCCCUGUCACAUAGCCAAUCAGCUGAAAGAUGGGAAGAGCGUAGCGGCAGGGGAGUUUGAGGUGUGCACUAUUUUGUUCAGUGAUGUGGUAACCUUCACAAGCAUCUGCGCUGCCUGUGAGCCCAUCCAUAUCGUUCACAUGCUCAAUUCCAUGUACUCAAAGUUUGACCGACUCACCAGCGUACAUGACAUCUACAAGGUUGAGACUAUUGGUGAUGCAUACAUGGUGGUGGGUGGCGUUCCAGUCCCGACAGAAAGCCAUGCUCACAGAGUGGCAAACUUUGCUUUAGGUAUGAGGAUAGCUGCCAGAGAGGUCCCCAACCCUGUAACAGGCAAACCCAUACAGAUCCGUGUGGGUCUCCAUACUGGUCCAGUGUUAGCUGGGGUGGUGGGGGAGAAGAUGCCUCGCUACUGCCUGUUUGGAGACUCUGUUAACACUGCCCCCAGGAUGGAGAGUCAUGGAGUCCCCGACCACAUUCACCUCAGCACUUCCACAUAUAGUGCAUUGAAAGAUGCUGGGUUCAACAUACAAGAGCGUGGGCAGAUUGAGGUGAAGGGCAAAGGACAGAUGACUACUUACUUCCUGAUGGGGAACCUGCUGGUAUCAGAAGAUAGCAUCAUGGGAAGAGAUGAUGGAGGGACCUGUCUUUACCGGGAGGAUUAUGGCCAGAGCGAAAAAGAGUCUGACAGAGAGCCUGAUGGGAGAACUGAGAAUGUACUAAGAGACACAAGCUCUGAUGGAGUCAUUGCCCCGGACCCCAGCCAAAUAGAACCAAUGGCUCCCUUUGCCUGGGACAUCACCUCACCAUUUGAGACCAACGACAACAGCUACAACACAUCUGCAAGUUAUUUCAACAGCAGACUCUGUGUCUUAAUCUGAGAGCCUACUGAGCCUCUUUAAAGUCAACACACAGAAAGAAAUGCAACGUCAUCGCAGCUCCAAUAG